UCAACCUGUCAACUGAAAACAACAUAGGUUAUGUUUAUUUUAUCGUUAGGUCAGUUUAAAAGUCGCCGUAUUUUAAUGAAUUAAUAAAACAAACGAUGUAAUAAAGUUAACAAUUAAACUGCAAUAGUUAUUCUCUUCCUAUUCUAUAAUUAGCAUUCAGUCAAAGUGGCUUGUUACUGUAAUUUCAUCAAGAUGAUGUUCGAACUUCUAACUUUAAUAAUAAUAUUGCCGAUGAUGUUAAUUGGAGUGCUACUGUUUGGUGCAUUUGUGAUAGUGCCCUGUGCAUUCAUCUUUGCAUCUUGGUACAUGAGGAUCAGAGAGAGAAAGCUGCAAAGGAGGAAAAAGGAUGGAGCUAACAUAGCCUUUUUCCACCCAUAUUGCAAUGCAGGCGGUGGCGGGGAAAGAGUUCUUUGGGUUGCUAUAAAGGCAAUACUAAUGAGGUACCCAGAUUCCCACAUCUACAUCUACACAGUGGACACGGCAGAUCCCACAGCGAUAUUGAACAAAGCUCAGAACCACUUCAAUGUGAAAGUUGAGCCAGAAAGAGUCAACUUUGUGAGACUGAGUCUAGGGAAACUGAUAGAGGCUCAAACCUACCCGUACUUUACGUUGGUGCUGCAGAGUUUGGGGACCAUGGUGUUAGGGAUGGAGGCUUUUAUGAAAUUUAAUCCAGAUAUCUACAUAGACACAACAGGAUGUGCGUUCACCUACCCGAUAUUCCGCUACCUAGCGCAAUGUCCGGUGGGGUGCUACACGCACUACCCCACCAUAACCGCGGCCAUGAUGCGGCGCGUCAAGCACCGCCUCGUGAGCUACAACAACAGCAGCGUUAUUGCCCGUAACCCAUUACUGACUUGGUGUAAACUGCUCUACUACAAAAUGUUUGGUUGGUUGUAUGGGGUAGUGGGUCGGUGCGCAGACAUAGUGAUGGUGAACGGGACAUGGACGGAGGAACACAUCCAUGACUUGUGGAAGCGACCACUCAACACCCACCGCGUCUACCCACCGUGUGAGGUAUCAGAGCUCAAAAAGCUGCGUUCUCUAGUGCGAGAUUCGGACCCAAUCAGGAUCCUAUCCGUGGCACAGUUCCGACCAGAAAAGGACCACCCUCUGAUGCUUCAAGCUAUGUACGAACUCCGAAACCUGCUGAUCAAAAAUGAAAUCCUGUGGAACAAGAUAAAACUAGUCCUAGUGGGGUCGUGCCGUAACGCUGAAGACGAGGAACGCGUCAAGAACCUCCGAGACCUGGCCAAGCACCUGUCCAUCGAGGAGAAUGUCCAGUUUGUAGUCAACGCGUCAUAUUGCCAGCUGUUGCAGCUGUAUCAGAACAGCUCGCUCGCGAUACAUGCUAUGUGGAACGAGCACUUCGGCAUCAGUGUAGUGGAGUGCAUGGCAGCAGGGCUCAUCACCAUCGCGCACCGCUCGGGCGGACCCCUGGCGGACAUCAUCGAGACCUCCGCCGGCUCGCGCACCGGCUUCCUGGCGGCGGAGCCCGACGAGUACGCGCGAGCCAUCCUAGAGGUCAUAGCGAUGCCGGCUGAGGACAAGAGGAGGAUCGUCGAGGCUGCCAGAGCGUCAGUUGAUCGUUUCUCGGAGAAAGAAUUCGAGAAGGCAUUCUUAAGAGCAGUUGAACCUUUGAUAAGGAUAGAUUGAUAUUGAAUCUAUGUUCACAGACUAAUGGAAAAAUAUAGACGGAGAUGUCGCGAACAAAGUCAAACGUUCCUAUUUUGUAGUUGUAAGUCAGGCGCUUUCCACGGCGCGUAGUACAUUAUUAUCACGUACUAAUAAUGAAUCAAUACACAGGUACAGGUAGUAAGUAGGACGCUACCAAAAACGAAGAUAGAUGAUUACUGAUAAGAUACCACAAAAAAACGUGAAAUAAAUAAAAUUCUUGUGUUUCCUAAAAGUUCGCAAUGUAUUGCAAAAUAAAACAUUUGACUGACACUAGAGGUCAACGAAUGUUGCGUAGAUAAGUGAAGCGGGGUCAAUGCCGCGUCGUAGGCGGGGAGUUAAUCCCGAAUUUUGCACGCUAUACAUUCAAUAACCGUCUUUCUUUGAAAUCGGCUUGUAUAAAGCGGUUUCAUUCAUCAAUUAGUGUGCAGUCUAUAUUUUCCAUUAGUCUAUUGUUGUAUUGUAAUGAAUUCCACUAGUAUUAAGAUUAACAUUAAUAUUUAAGUUUUAAAUAGGAAUCGAAAUAAAUUUUACCAAAGUUA